ACUUUGCACAUUGUCACCUUUGCUGUAGAGUUAUUCUUGGAUCGCGGUCUUGUUUGAAUGGUUCCCCCCCCCCAUUUUAAUAACCCACCCUCUUUAUUUUCAAGAGCGCAGAAAAUGUUCGCAGUGUACUUGGUAGAUGAAAAAGUAAUUAAGGAAUAUGCCAUCUUACCUGAUCUGGGGACUGCUUGUAGAAUUGGGGGUGAGGUGGGGAAGGCCAGGCUGCAAGGGUUAGAGACCAAAAAUGUUUUGCUUCUGUGGAAUUGUCAUCAAGUGGUGAGGUGCCUCACAGUGACCCAGCGAAAAGGGUGGCUGAACACCUCGGCUUUCCAGAAUGGAAAAAGGAAGAUUGUUCUCAGAAGAGCCAAGUGUAUUUUUGUGGCCAACUUAGUUGCUUUUUCUUGCAAUGUAUAAUUUUCCCUCUGCAGUUUUAUUUAUUCUUGGGCAGACACACUGACAUAUUUUACCCACUUCCACUACUUAAUGUACAAGUUUUUAGAAAUUGAUACGGGGGGCUCCCCGCCCCCAAGAGUUGUUUCCACUUGAAUUUCCUCUUUUAGUUUAGUAUCUUGGGAAAAGACUGCCCUUAAGGCCUCUUUUUCCUUUACUUUCACUGUCCAAUGCCCCCCCCCCCCCUUAACCUGGGAGAAAGAAGUGCCCACAAGGCCAGCAUUCCACAGCUUUCUUCUUGGUAGUGUGAAGUGCAAUAAGAAUUGAACCAUUUAUUUUUAUUACACUUAUUCCACACCUGUGAGUUUUAAAGUUUCAUUUAUGCCAGUGAAAUCAGCAAGGUAUAACUUGAAAGAAUUUAUUUUGGGUUGCAGCCAAUAGUCUAAUAGAAGACUUGUUCUCAUAUAUAGACAACAUAUUGAAUGAAUAAAUUUGUUUUCAACUUUUUCAAUUUUUCCUAAAAAUAAGGGAGGGGUUUUAACUGCAGAUAUUUAUCCAGCUUCUUUUGAGCUUUCCUAGGUAUUGAGCUCUCAUGGGAAAAAAGCUUAUUACACAUUUUUAAAAUGUGGAUAUCAGUUUUAAAAAUGAAGGAUAUGAGACUGAUCAGUGAGUAGUGUAACAAAGUUCUGAGAAUGAAAUUCAGUUUUAUAAUCCACUUGAAUUCUGUGUGGUUAAGAAAAUUAUGUCUUUAUAGAGUGAAAGCAUGGAUAGUUGAUCAUACAGGGUUCAGUAUCUUGAUUUGCGUUCCUUUAUUGGGCUAUUUUGAGUGAAAGGUUUUCCAUGUCUUUCUAGAUUGUAACUGUUUUUUUCUUUUUGUUCCUUGUAAUUCGUAUGGAAUAAUUCAAGAUCCUUUUAGAUCUUUGUCCUGAUCCAUUUUAGAUAUUGGCAUAUGAAAAUAUAUGGAAAUAAUGCCAAUCUUUCCAAGGUCGUUUCAUUCAGGUAGAAUGUGGAACUACCAUUGGAAAUGGAAGCCAAGCACUCUUCUAUUCUUAUUUAUUCUGUGUAUCAUGUGUGUUCCUCUCUCAGCAGUGUCGGGAUGUGCCAACUGCAGGGUUGUCCUGUCCAGCUCCUCUGGGACCUUUGCCUCUCCAUGCUACCCAAAUGACUACCCCAACAGCCAGGCUUGCCUGUGGACCCUCCGAGCUCCGACUGGCUACAUCAUUCAGAUCACAUUUAACGACUUUGACAUUGAAGAAGCUCCUAAUUGCAUUUAUGACUUGUUAUCUCUCGAUAAUGGAGAGAGCCAGACUAAAUUUUGUGGAGCAACUGCCAAAGGCCUAUCAUUUAACUCAAGUGCGAAUGAGAUGCAUGUAUCCUUUUCAAGUGACUUUAGCAUCCAGAAGAAAGGUUUCAAUGCCAGCUACAUCAGAGUUGCCGUGUCCUUAAGGAAUCAAAAGGUCAUUUUACCCCAGACACCAGAUGCUUACCAGGUCUUUGUUGCAAAAAGUGUCUCCAUUCCGGAGCUCAGCGCUUUCACAUUCUGCUUUGAAGCAACUCAAGCUGGAAAUGAAGAUGACAACUGGACAGCUUUCUCCUACUUGGAUGCAUCAUCCUUGCAAUGGCUUGGUUUUGGAAAGGCCAAUGAUGGCUACUUCCUGUCGAUUUCUGGCUCAAAAUGCUUGUUGAACAGCGCAUUACCUGUGAAGGAAAAGGAAGACAUUUUCACAGAAAGCUUUGAGCAGCUCUGCAUUGUUUGGAAUAAUUCGAUGGGCUCUGUGGGUGUCGAUUUCAAAAGAAACUAUGAGACAGUUCCAUGUGAUUCUACCAUUAGUAAAGUUAUUCCUGGGAAUGGAAAAUUGUUGCUGGGCUCCAAUACAAAUAAAAUAGCCUCUCUGAAAGGGGAAAUUUAUAACUUUAGACUUUGGAAUUUUACCAUGAAUUCGAAAAUGCUCUCCAACCUCAGCUGUAACAUGCAAGGGAAUGUGGUAGACUGGCAAAAUGACUUCUGGAACAUCCCAACCCUGGCUCUGAAGGCUGAAAGCAACCUGAGCUGUGGUUCCUACCUGGUCCCGCUUCCGGCAGCAGAACUAGCUAACUGUGCAGAACUGGGGACCCUCUGUCAAGCAACUGUAAGCUCUACUAGUACUACACCACCCACUGUCACCACUAACAUGCCUGUUACUAAUAGAAUCGAUAAACAAAAGAAUGAUGGAAUUAUGUAUAGAAUAUCCGUAGUGAUUCAAAAUAUCCUUCAUCACCCUGAAGCCAAAGUACAGAGCAAGGUGGCAGAAUGGCUCAAUUCAACUUUCCAGAAUUGGAACUACACUGUUUAUGUGGUUAAUAUCAGUUUUCACCUGAGCACUGGAGAGGACAAGAUUAAAGUCAAGAGAAGCAUUGUGGAUGAUCAAAGGUUGGCGGUUUGGGCCCUUCUAGUUUACAAUGCUACCAACAAUGUCCCCUUAGAAGGAAAAACCAUUCAGCAGAAGCUUUUACAAAACAACGCAUCCCUGGAUGCGGGCUUGAGGCUGUACACAGUGAAUGUGAAGCAACUGGGCACCUGUGCUCCGGUGGAGGAGCCCAAAGGCUUUCACUGGCCGCCCAGCCCGCCUUCUGAGCACAGCCUCCCGUGUCCCGACAAGCCGGGCUUCUCUGUUUCACGGACAUGUUAUCGCAACACAUCAUUAGCCUUUUGGGGACCCCUUGAUGUCUCCAACUGUUCAAGGGAAGCAAAUGAAGUUGCCAAUCAGAUUUUAAAUUUAACCACUGAUGGGCAGAACUUAACUUCAGCCAAUAUUAACACCAUUGUAGAACAGGUCAAAAGAAUUGUGAAUAAAGAAGAAAAUAUUGAUAUAACACUCGGCUCAACUCUAAUGAAUAUAUUUUCUAAUAUCUUGAGCAGUUCAGAUAAUGACUUGCUUCAAUCUUCUUCCGAAGCUUUAAAAACAAUUGAUGAAUUGGCCUUCAAGAUAGACCUAAACAGCACACCACAUGUACAUAUUACAACACGGAAUUUGGCUCUUGGAGUAUCAUCCCUGACCCCAGGAACAAAUGCAAUUUCAAAUUUUAGCAUUGGUCUUCCAAGCAAUAAUGAGUCAUAUUUCCAGAUGGAUUUUGAGAGUGGACAAGUGAAUUCAUUGGCUUCUGUAAUUUUGCCUCCAAACUUACUUGAGAAUUUAAGUCAAGAAGAUUCCAUAUUAGUUAGAAGGGCACAAUUUACUUUCUUCAAUAAAACUGGACUUUUCCAGGAUGUAGGACCCCAAAGGAAAACCUUAGUGAGUUAUGUGAUGGCGUGCAGUAUUGGAAACAUUACUAUUAAGGAUCUGAAGGAUCCUGUUCGAAUUAAAAUCAAACAUACGAGAACUCAGGAAGUGCAUCAGCCCAUCUGUGCCUUCUGGGAUCUGAACAAAAACAAGAGUUUUGGGGGAUGGAACACGUCAGGAUGUGUCGCUCACAGAGAUUCAGAUGCCAGUGAGACCAUCUGCUUGUGUAACCACUUCACACACUUUGGGGUCCUGAUGGACCUUCCAAGAAGUGCCUCCCAGAUAGACGCAAGAAACACUAAAGCCCUCACAUUCAUCACCUAUAUUGGCUGUGGAGUGUCUGCUAUUUUUUCAGCAGCAACUCUCCUGACAUAUGUUGCUUUUGAGAAAUUGCGAAGGGAUUAUCCCUCCAAAAUCUUGAUGAACCUCAGUUCAGCCCUGCUAUUCCUGAAUCUCAUCUUCCUGCUGGACGGCUGGAUCACGUCCUUUGACGUGGAUGCACUGUGCACGGCAGUGGCUGCCUUGCUGCACUUCUUUCUCCUGGCCACCUUCACCUGGAUGGGGCUGGAAGCGAUCCACAUGUACAUCGCUCUGGUUAAAGUAUUUAACACCUACAUCCGCCGCUAUGUUCUCAAAUUUUGCAUCAUCGGUUGGGGUUUGCCUGCCUUAAUAGUGUCAGUUGUUCUAGCAAGCAGAAAACAAAACGAAGUAUACGGUAAAGAAAGUUAUGGGAAGGAACAAGGUGAUGAAUUCUGUUGGAUUCAGGAUCCAGUGGUAUUUUAUGUCACCUGUGCUGGGUAUUUUGGAGUCAUGUUCUUCCUGAAUGUAGCCAUGUUCAUUGUGGUAAUGGUGCAAAUAUGUGGGAGAAAUGGCAAGAGAAGCAACCGGACGCUGAGAGAAGAGGUUUUAAGGAACCUUCGAAGUGUGGUUAGCCUCACCUUUCUGCUGGGCAUGACAUGGGGUUUUGCUUUCUUUGCCUGGGGACCAUUAAAUAUCCCUUUCAUGUACCUCUUCUCCAUCUUCAAUUCAUUGCAAGGCCUCUUUAUAUUUAUCUUCCACUGUGCAAUGAAGGAGAAUGUUCAGAAGCAGUGGAGGCGGCACCUCUGCUGUGGUAGAUUUCGCUUAGCAGACAACUCAGACUGGAGUAAGACGGCAACCAAUAUCAUCAAGAAAAGUUCUGAUAAUCUAGGAAAAUCUUUGUCUUCAAGUUCCAUUGGUUCCAACUCAACCUAUCUUACAUCGAAAUCUAAAUCCAGCUCUACCACCUAUUUCAAAAGGAAUAGCAACACUGACAGUACUUCCAUGGACAAGUCCUUGACAAAACUGACUCAUGCUGAUGGAGAACAAACAUCAAUCAUCCCUGUGCAUCAGGUUAUUGAUAAGGUCAAGGGUUAUUGCAAUGCUCAUUCAGAUAACUUCUAUAAAAAUAUUAUCAUGUCCGACACUUUCAGCCACAGCACCAAGUUUUAAUGUUUUCAGUCUAAGAAAAAGAAAAUCAGUCACAGAAAUGUGAAGAUCUGCAAGCAGAGAAAACUUGGAGGAGCAGAUGUAAAUGUGCUGUUACCUAGGUAACUGCAUAUAGAUGAGGAAUAUAUUUUGUUAAGAAGGCUUUCAUGAAAUCUGGAAUUUAUCUUUUCAGUAUGUUUCUUAGAUGGAAGGCUUCCGUCACCACCACAACUUCAGUACUGAGAGCAAUGUGUCUCAAUAGCCAGAGAGGGUGUGAUUUUUAAAAUAUAUAAUUGAACCAAGCUAAUCAGAACUGAGAAGCAGACAUCAAAUUAGAGGUCAAAGGAGAAGCAAAACUAAGAACAAACACUCAGUUAGGGUUCAUGGGCCUUAUAGUUAGACCCGGAAGUGACCGUAUGCUGUGUUAUCUUUCCCAACUCCAACAAGCAUCGUAAUAUUUGUAACUAUUUGGCUGCUCACAAGGUCCACCUCAGUGCUACCUUCUAAGAAUAUAACAACAGUUAUUCUUUUUCAGUGAAAUUUCAACCACAGAUAACAAAAAGACCAUUUGAUCCAAAAUUUUAAAAGGAUUUUUUUCUUAUUGUAUCAAGUAUUUAACCCUCAGGACCAUAGCAUACUUAAGAAAGCUUUCCCAAAAAUAUUGACCUAGUUAAUAUGAAGCUAUGUAAAUUUCUAAUACUUUAUUUAUUCUGUUCAACAUCAAUAUUUAUAACUUAAUCCCACACAUUUGAAUCUGACUUAGUGUUGAGAUCCCAUUAAUGUGGACCCUAUCUCUCCAAUGGUUGUUCAAGAAUGAAUCUGUCAUACCUCUAGUUUUCCUUCUUUACUGUAUAUUGAGCCUACAGGCUUAUGGAAAGAAGGAGAAUUUCCAGUGAAUAUACUGUGUACACCAGUCUUUCUUUUUUGGGAGACCCAAUGUUUGGGACUCUGUGGUCCUAUCCUUGCUUUAAUGACUCUGUGGCAUUUCCAACUACACAAAUGUAGUCCUCUUAUUUCCCCGAUGAGAAUCUUGUUCCAAGGAGUAUAAAGUGAUACAUGUGGUAUCUCAGUUCAUCAAAAUAAUGUAAAAUGUGUUUCUCCACAACUGUUAGUCUGAAAACGAGUUGUAUGGUCUUCCAGUUACAGUGUAUAAGAGCCUGAAGAGGUCUGGUAGACACAGUGUAGCACUUAUAGAUCAGGCUACUGUAAACAAGCGAUGCAUAAUAUUAGGCAGCUUACCUAACUCUCAGACUAUCCUGAGCAGUGUGUACUUGCUUCUGAAGGUGUGGGAAACCACAUUUUAAUUGUUCAUAAAUGAUGGCGUCCUCUCUAGUUCCUUAGAAAUGGGACUCAGUGUUUGUUGUGCCUUUACAGUUGCUCUAGGUUCCCUGGAAAGAGUCAAGUUUACAGAAGCAGCAGCAUAAGUGAUGAGGAAAGUAAGGAUUCUAGCAGAUCCAGUCAGCUUGAAGGCAGAGGCCAGACCUGAGCCAUGGUGAGCUUGUCGCCUGUGCAGAACACAGGUGGUUCUCAGUCAGAUGGAGGAGAGCUCAGUGGCCUUGCCUCUCGCCUGUCGCUGAGCUCCAGUACUGAAAGCAGCCAGGCUGAAAGUAUGGUGAGAAGGUGUGGUUGGUGGAGGCCGCUUAGUCUUGCUCCAUUUUCCAGCAGGGAGACAUGCGCAUUGCCCAGCCUUGCUUUCCCAGGGGAAUGGAUGUUUGGGAGAAAAGGAGAGUAAGUCUUAAGGUCGCUAAGAUUCACUACACUAGAGCCACAUCCUUUUCUGUAGGCCUAUGUUAACAGGCUGCCUGCUGUGCCAAAGGUUGCAUAUGGGUGAAAAUUAAUCUUAGUCACUGAAUAUUCAUAUACUUCUCCCAACCUUCGAUAUUCGUGAUAGGUUUUAAUAAGCUUUCUACUGUGAGAUUUCUGCACAAAGUGCAUCUUUAGUGAAUAGGCAUUAAGAUAUAGCUUCCAAAUGGUUUUGCUUUUGAUGUCUACUCAUAUGCAUCCAGAUCUGGGUAAACAUUUUUUUAAUUGGUGACCAUGUUGGCUCCACUUUAGAUUUUCAAAAACCAGGUGAGAAAACGUUCAACAGCUGAAUAGAAACAUUUGCAAAUGGACUUAAAAGACUGGCCCACAUUCCACCUUUGGUUCCAAGUAUGCAAUUCUCACCUUCAGUUAACUCUUCAGAGGAGGUGGGCAGGAAUUCACCCUGGGAGCCAAAAUUCACCUUAUAGCCACCUUCUGGUGUAGUUCAGACUGUUUUUAUUUUCCUCCCUCCUUUUUAAUUGCAUUGUGUUAUUAGAUAAGCUUUAGUCUAGGAUCCUAAGAUCAUUCCCAUUUUUGUUACCAUUUCUUACAUUGUAAAGAGUAUAUUCUUUGUUGUUGGCAUAGACUCUUUUGUAAAUAUUUAUUUAUUUGUGUUUGUGAAUGUCAUCUUCUUUCAUCUUAGCUUUAUAUUGCCUAGCUUUUUUGUUUUAAUUAACUUUCUAUUAGAGAGCUGUAUAUAUUUUCUAAAAAAUUGUGAAGUAGUUUUCUGUAGCAAUACCUUUAAAUAUGGUGGAUGAAAGUGACUGUGAGGGCAAAUUAGAAUUAGUAGUAAGAAGCUACUACAGCUGAUUUGCCAUUUUACUAAAAUGGAAAAUGUUUUUCAAAUAAAUACUUAUAUUGUUCAUGUUCCAAAUUA